UUACAGCUAAUUAAAACAUGCUUUCAAAACCAUGGGUUUCUAACGUCAUAUUUCCUGAUAAGUUAAUAAAAGUUAUUUAUAUUGUGAAUUCUUUUUAAGAGUGUAUAAAACUAAUCUUUUUAAACUUUAAUUAAAUGUUCAAAAAAAUUUAAAUAGUUGGACAACUGACAAAGAUGUCAUUAUAAUGGUUAGAUGUUUAAGAUAUUAAAAUUGACAUGCUUAUGACUUGCGUUGAUAACAGUUAUUAUAUCUGAUCUUUGAAAGCAGUUGUGAACCUAUUUUCAGACAUAUUAUGUGGAACUUUCUUUUAAGGUUUUAAUACUUGUAUUUGGUUUGAUGGCUUUUUAUUUCACUUUCAACUUUGCAGCUAUAUUGAGAUUGAUUUAUACACACAUACAAGUAUUUUUAUUUGUUACUUAACUUUUGGAUGACAACAAAAGCAACAUGAUCAGUGUAUAAUGUGUUAAAGUUACUUGCAUAAUAUUGUGUCACACAAAAAUAAUGACCAUUCGAAGUCGCCGUAAUUCUGCACCUGUGGGAGUUGGACAUUCAAGUUACCGGCCAAUUCGAAGACGUUCUGUCUCAUCUAGUUUAUCUCAUAUUUUUGAAUGCAUUAGUGUCAACAGGUCAAGAGAUGAUUUGUGGUCGAAUGAAUCUGAGGAUGCAAGAUUUCCACGAAUGGAGGAAAUGUCACAUUUUCAUUACAACAAUGUUGAUUUUGGUGGACCAAUAACUGCUGCAUUAUGCUUAGAUGAAAAUGAAGAUAUAUCAACGCUGGAUACUGGACAGGCGCUUCUGGUUCAAGUUAAUAGUGGCGACAAAUCUUGGGUAGUAAAACGAAGUCAAGAAGAUUUUGUCGGUUUAGAUCAUCAAAUUCAUCGAUGUUUAUAUAGUCGCAAAUACAGCAAACUACCACCUUUAAAGGAAUACGACCUGGAGACAAAACUAAACGCAAGUAUGGUGCAGCAAUUACAAUUAUACUUAUCACGAUUCUCCGAAGUUGCUGGCAACAAUGUGAAUUGUGGACCCAUAUUGAACUGGCUAGAGCUUGAUAACCACGGCAACCACCUGGUCGUCAUGGAAGCUGAUGAUUCAGCAAUAAAUGUACCGGCCGUUGCUGCAGGGCGUGUUAUAAAGCGUUACCAAGCACAAGCACCAGAUGAGAUGACGCUUGAAGUUGGUGAUUUUAUAUCCGUCAUUGACAUCCCACCUGUGGAGGAGACUAUAUGGUGGAGAGGGAAGAAAGGAUUUGAGGUUGGCUUUUUCCCGUCGCAUUGUGUUGAAAUUCUUCGCGAAAAAGAAAUCAAUGAUCAAAUUCUCGCUCAUCUUCAAUCAAGACCAAUUUCAAAGCGAAGAGGAAAGUUUAUCAAUUUUUUGCGAUUCUUCUUUAAAUCCAGACCGAGUAAGGACGAGUUGAUGCAGCAUGGUAUUCUGCGUGAACGUGUGUUCGGUUGUGAUUUGGGCGAAAGAUUAGCUCAUAUUGGACGGGAUAUUCCACUUGUGCUUCAGCUAUGUGCUGAAGUGAUUGAAGAACAUGGUGUUGUUGAUGGUAUUUAUCGACUGUCUGGUAUCAUGUCGAACUUGCAACGAUUAAGAGUUUCGUUUGAUAACGAUGACGAGCCACCAAAUUUAAAAGACACAAGAUAUCUACAUGACAUUCACUGUAUCUCUUCUUUACUUAAAACAUACUUCAGAGAAUUACCGAACCCACUUUUCACCUACGAACUGUAUGACAAGUUUGUGCUUGCUAUUGGUAAAGAUGACGACACCGAAAAAACUGUAGCUUUUCAUCACGUGAUACAAAGACUCCCUCCUCCACAUUACAGGACUAUGAAUUAUCUUCUACGGCAUUUAAAUUUUUGCGCUUCAAAAGCUGCUGAAACGAAUAUGACUGCGAAAAACCUUGCAAUUGUUUGGGCACCCAAUUUAUUACGACCCCCAUCGGACGACUCAAUUUCUGCAUUGACUGAAUUUCGUACUCAGGCCAUCAUAGUCGAAUACAUGAUUCGAAAUGUGGAUGUGUUCUUUGAUAAAAAUCUAGCUUCUGCAGCGAUAGCAUAUUACCCUGAAGUACAAGAAACCGAAGACUCAGCUACAAUCGCUCGAUCAGCAACUAUUAGUGCUGGACCAAAACUAAUCUCACUGGAAGAAGCGCGGCAGAGAAUAUUCCCACACAGGAAAAUUUCAGAAAGUUUGUCUCUGGAAGGAAGUUCUUCAAACAGUCCGCGUCACAAGUUACGUUCUUCAAGUAUUCCACCAAAAGUUGCAGCUUCACCAAUUUCUCCUUUACCCACCUUACUAUCCAUCGAAGAAGCACAAGCACGUACGAAACUGAAAUUUAAUCCAACCCGGCGCGGAUCUGCAGACUUGAUGCAAAUCAGAAAUAAUAUGAACUCUCCAAAACGAAGUAAGAAGUGGUUUGGUCUUUUUUCCAAAAUGAAGUCUGACGGUGUAUCUGAGGAUGAUAGUAUUCUGAAGUCAAACGUAACCUCCGCUUAUCGCAAGAAAACAAGCAUGAAGAACAUCCAUCACAUUGGGACGCCUACACGUUCACAAAGCGAAUAUCGCCUACAAGACCUUCCUAAACAACAGACAGACAGUGGGCAUAUUCCACGUGUUAGUAGUUUCGAUGUGCAACCAACUGAAAAACAUUGUUCUGCUAUUUCUGUUGAAAGUCUUAAUUAUAACUUCAAAGACAGUGAUGAUGAUAAUACCUCUUUAAUGUCAGCCGUUGUUUCGGUCACGGCAAAAUACAUCAACGCUAAGGAUGUGCGUAAAAAUAGUACGUCAAAUCCGCCAGAAGUGUUACGUAAGACUAGUACGACGAAACCGAUCGAUGAAAUUCGUAAAAAAGGCAGUCGAAAAUCUUUCACCAUCGGUGAACCGACUGAUUUCCGACGUUUGGAAGACACUGAAAUUCAUGUCGUACCUUCUAAAAAUGGUAUUGUAAAAAGUGAUUUUACUUGUGAUGUAAUCGAACAAGGUUUAAACUCUGAUUUGAAGUUACCUAUAAGUGAGAGUCGCACUCCCUCGCAGCUGCCUUUUAAAGGUAAGCACGCUCCUUCAGAUAGUCACGAUUCUGGCUAUUUGUCGCAAACCAAUACAACGGUUAAUUCUGAAGUACUAUCAAAACAAAUUGAGGCGAGCUCGACUCAAAUUACUUCACCUGAAAGAAAACACCAACGUUCCGGAUCAAACGUUUUGCGAGACAUCGAUGAAAAUGUUCCUCAAAAGAAAAUUCGUUCAUUAUCACCAGAGAACUAUCACAUAGAAAGUAAAAUAACUACACAUAUUUAUACUGAACCGCGGCCAAGUUCACAAUCCUCUCAUUCUAAUGACAUCCAAAAUAGGUUUUUAACAAGAAGUAUGACUGAUUUAUCAAGGGAUGUACAACCACAAAUUAAUAAGACGGAAAGUAACGUUAAAUCUUCGAAUAGUAAUAUACAUGUCAAACAUAAAAGUUUUUCACAUAUAGAACUUGAUACGCCUACAAAAUCGUCACAUAAUUAUGUAAACACAAAUUCAGAUUCCAUUGUUUCACAAACGUUAUCCAAAACGCCAACUAUUAACAAUGGCACACCGUUGAAUAAGGCGCACAUCGAAGCUAAAUUUACAUCGGAUUCAAACGAGCGAGCUGACACUAAAGAGAAUCGUGUUGUUGAUAUGUCACCGGUAUCAAACCCAAAACAUGUGUAUGUGUCGAUUGAGGAUGCGCUUGAUCCAAAAAGCCGUGCACCGAAAGACAACGAUGAACAGCUGCUUGAUUUGUUAGUAAAAAGGACUGAACACCACAUUAAAUAUGGCGGGAUUCCAAGAAAGGAUUAUAAUGACGGACAAAAUAGUUUCGAAAGUGCAAAGGCGGGAGCUCUGGUAAAAUCUACACAAGAGCGAUUUAGUCCAACUUUCAACGGCAAUGAGUCACCGAAAACUAAAAGUUUUAUACUAAAAAAACAACAAGCGGUGUCACUUUCAACGGAAGAACUUCAAAAAGAAAAUGGUAGCCAGCGUGUUCAAUCACGUGACAGGUCACAUGAUCGUAAGCAUGUUGAUUCCAAUAAAUCACAUGAAAUAGUUUUAUCAAGAUAUAUUAACAUGGACGAAAUUGACACACCGAAAACUGUUGACGAGAUAAGACCGAGGUCUCGUUCUGUGAAGGAACGAGUCUCCCUGUUUGGCAGUGUUAACAAAGACUUGAAUGUAACAUCAAAAGACUCACAAUUUUCUCAGCCUGAUUUGUCGAGAACAACACCGUGUCAACAUGAAAGAACUAAAUCUCAUCCAAAUUUAUACAUGCGAACAGAACAACAACCAAAGAUACACAAUGUUGUCACAAGAAACUCUAAAACUUCUAACAAGAACACCACACAAAAUUAUAUUAAUACAACAAAUCGACAUUCUAGUUAUAUUGCAAGGAGAUUUGACUCCGACGAAUUGUUAAGUAGUUCACGUGAAGAUAGUAAAUAUAUAAAUAGUCGCCUGCACGCCGUGUCCGUACCAAGAUUGAAUGUUUCUUCUGCAUCUGUACCACGAUUGAAUGUUUCUUCUGUUCCAAAGUUAAACUCGCAUAUGGAAAGUAGCCUGGACCACCCUGCUAAUGAUAGGCUAGUAAUGUCGACUAAAACUAGAAGUAAUGACCCGAAACUACCACAUAGGGAUUAUAAUAAAGAACCACUGAAAGACUUUACAGAUAAUGUAGACGGUAGUCAUGGUAACAUAAGAAUUGAUCGGAGACGAAAUACACACUCGCCUAAUCGGAGUAGUAGGACCGAAGUGCCGAGACCGAUAUCAAUGGACUUCUCAGCUAUUACUUCUACAGAUUAUCGUUCCCAUCAUGCAUCAGACGAUUUUCAUCCACAUUUUAGAUCGGGUGACUAUCGUGAUGCUGCAUCCAAUGAUCAUCGUACUCAUCAGUUUAUGUCUCGGAACCCCCGUCCUCAUCAUGUUUCAGCAACGUCACUUGCGUCGGCUAGAUCUCACCCGCACUUGUUGAAUUCCGUUCACAAAUCAUCUUCGGAUCAUUAUCUUGGUGAAAAUAAACAGAUUGGUAGUUUUCCUUUAACAUUAAAAAGUGGAAGCGAGCGAAAUAGUCGUGUAAAUGUAAAGCAAACUGCAAGACCUUCAUCGUUGUAUGAUAAUGAUCGCAAGUCUUAUUAUGAUAAUGUUAAUAGUAUUCACUACGAGAUGUUGUAAUUUUUUAUAUCUGCGGAGGAGAACAAAUUUAAAACAGAAAUUAAUUUUGUUAAAAUUUAAAAUUUAUAAAGCAAAUAUUUAAUUUAAAUAAGUCUUGUGAAAUAUUUCUAUUUUUGCUACUUUGUCAUUGAUUAAGAAAGCCUUGUGUAGAGAAAAACAGCGAGGAUUUUUCAACCUUCUUUUUGAGAAAAAAAGUAUUUGUAGUUUUAUUCUUAUUCAAGUAAUUUUUAGCAUUCAUUAUUUUUCGUGCACAUGUUUAGAAUGUUCAGAAUAUUCGAUUUUUGUUCAUGUUAUUAAAUUUAUCAAAAUUUAUUGUUCUUACCGCCAUUUUUACUUAUCUAUUUUCAGAGAUUGCAAAUGAGAUGUUACGCGUGGAUUUUCGCGCCAAAUUGAACCUCUUUUCUGUGGUUCAAUAACUCCCAGACUGAUUGAAUUGAUUCCGUUUUUAAAGCGCGGUUCUCUAGCUGCGAAAAUAUUUAUUUUAUGUGUUUAUGUUUUUACAUUUUACAAAUAUGUUCAAAUAGUUCAUAGAACUUUCCGCUUACUUUCUUGUGUAUGUGUUCAGAUUUUAACCCAUGUUUUUAUUUGACCUCUCAAUAAAAAAUUAUUCUUGUUUUCAAUAUCGUGAAUUUGUUAUUAAUUUCCGUUAUAAUGUUUUCACGAGGUAAAAUGUAUAUAUCACUCACAAUUUGAAAAUAGUCUUAUAAUAUAAAAUCU